AUGGAGUCGUUUCCUCUCAUCAAGUCUUCGCUGGAGCGGCUCCUCCACGAGCUGCCCUCUCCCAGACACAACAGCCUGCAGCAGGAGCUCAAGACCCAGCUGAUUAAUGCCAUCCACCACUUUCCUGCCGCUCCGCUUUCGCCCGACCAUCCGCUCUUUGGCAAAAACAACCCUGCCGACCACUACUGGCCCGCCCUCAAGCUCGCCUGCCACUCGUCCAACAUUGCCAGGGUGCGCGAGGUGGCCCUCGACUCGAUCCAGAAGCUCAUCGCCCACAACCUCCUGAGGGGCUCGCUUCCGCUGGAUCCGGCCCAGGCUGAGGCCAUCUUUCCUGCUGCCUCGCCCGCUUCGGCGUCGACCCCGGCCCUGGCAACUCCCAUCGUGAAGCGCCCGCCUGCCGGCGACAACGACCUCUCUCAUCUCGCAGGAUAUGCCACUCCUCCCGUCGUCGGCUCGCCCUUGCCGGUCCACAAAAAGCUGUCGAUCGUCCAGUCGCCGACAUCAGGCCCGCCGCCGUCUCUGCAGGCGACACCCUCUCCAACACCAUCGUCGCCGCCUCCUGCUGGAGCCAUCCCAGCACCCGCGCCUGCAGAGGGAAGCGCACAGGUCCUGCCGACUGCCGCCCAAAAGUAUCAGAUCGACGACAUUGUCCACACCGUCUGCACAUCGUUCACGGGCCCUCAGACCGAGGAGCCUAUUCAGCUGCAGAUCCUCAAGGUCCUGCUCACCACCGUCACCUCGACCACAUGUGAGGUCCACGAGCUGUCCCUCCUCAAGGCCGUUCAAACGUGCUUCAACAUCUACCUGUAUUCCAAGAACCAGACCAACCAAAUCACUGCCAAGGCGUCGCUCACCCAGAUGCUGCACAUUGUGUUCUCUCGCAUGGAAAACUAUGCCCAAGUGCUGACCGAGUCUGCCCAGGCAAUCCCCGAUCUCCUGGUCCUCAUCCGCCAGUCGCUCUGCAUCUCCAUCUCGCGCAACGCCAUCACCACCAACCCGAUGCUCUUUGAGCUCUCGCUCUCAAUCUUUCUCCUGGUGAUCCGGUUCUAUCGGUCGCAGCUCAAGGUCGAGAUCGAGUCGCUACUCAAGUGUGUGUACAUCCACAUCCUCGAGAUGGGCAACUCGACCUACAAGCAAAAGAGCAUGGUCCUGCAGGGCCUUCUCAAGAUCUGCGAGAGCCCACAGACCCUCACCGACCUCUACAUCAACUACGACUGCGAUCUGGCCAUGACUUCCAUCUUUGAGACGAUCAUCAACGCCUGCGCCCGUGUUGCUCAAGGCCGCGACGUUGGCGCUGCUGAAGGAUCCGGCUCAUCGGCAGCCACCUCGAGCUCGACGACAUCCACCUCGCGCGGCGGGCUCAUUGGCUUUGCUGCCAGUGCCGCCGGACUCGACACCAAGGCUGAUUUGAUCCGCGCCCAGGAGAAGCGCAUCCGGCUGCGUGGGCUGUGCUGUCUGAUGGCUGUCGUGAACUCGCUUGUUGACUGGUGCCAGGAACUCGAUCCCUCCAUCCCUUUGGUCGGCUCGGGUGGGAAGAUUCGCCCCAACUCUGCCUCGACCGCGGCUUCUGUGCCGCCAGCGGACUCGUCGCAGCGGCUGUCCAUCUCCAGCAACGUCUCUGACGCAAAUCGCGCCCGAUCUGGCAGCGAGGUCUCCGAGCAGCCCUCCCGUCUCGUGGCCCAGCCCCGGCCAUCAAUCGCAGUCGACGCUGACGGCAGCAAGCCCAAGACCUUCCAGGAGGCACUUGCGCCCGAGAACCAGGCGAAUCCCUACAUAGUCAAGCGACAUCCCCUGCAAACGGUAUCGAUGGCGCACCAGGCGGCCACUCAGCUCUAUGCCAACAACCCAAGCGUAACGUCGCUGACAUCGAGCUCGAACAUUGACUCGCUGACGCUCCGCAAGCAGCUGAUGAAGCAGUGCAUCACUCUGUUUAACCAAAAGCCCGAGAAGGGAAUUGACAUGCUGGUCGAGCACGGCUUUGUCGAGCGCGACCCUGUUUCGAUUGCACGACUGCUGCACUCGACUUCGGAGCUCAGCAAGUCUGCCAUCGGCGACUACCUGGGCGAGGGCGACGCCUUCAAUGUCAAGACGAUGCACGCCUUUGUCGACUAUUUGGACUUUGAGGACAUGGACUUUGUCUCAGCCCUGCGUCAAUUCUUGCAGUCGUUCCGGCUACCAGGCGAGGCCCAAAAGAUCAGCCGAUACAUGGAAAAGUUUGCCGACCGCUACUGCGAGACCAACCCACAGGUCUUUGCCAAGGCCGACACAGCCUACACCCUGUCGUACUCGAUCAUCAUGCUCAACGUCGACCAGCACUCGGAGAAGAUCAAGGUGCGCAUGGACAAGGCUGCCUUUAUCAAGAACAAUCGCGGCAUCAACGACGGCGCAGACCUGUCGGACGAGUAUCUGAGCUCCAUCUUUGACAACAUCAGCGGCAACGAGAUCAUCCUGGAGGAGGAACAUGCCGGUCAGAUCAACGCCAUGGCGAUCGGGCUUGGAGCCGGCGACCUGAACGACCGUCAGCGCAUGGAGCUCUACCGCAAGGAGAUUGCGAUCGAGGAGGAGGCCGAGUUCCAGGCCAACGCGACGCCCAAGGUCACAGAUCUGUGUCUCCAGGGUUUUGCCGGGUCGAUCCGAAUCGCCAGCCUGUUCAAGAUGGAGACGGAGCGCGACGCCUUUGUGACGUCGCUUUGCAAGCUCACUGGCCUGACACACGUCGUGGAUCUGAACAGCAAGAACAUCAAGGCCGUCAAGACGCUGAUUGCCCUGGCCAACUCUCUGGGCGAGUACCUCGAGAGCUCGUGGACGCAGAUCCUCAAGAUUGUCUCGCAGCUGGAACGCCUGCAGUCCGGUUCGGUGCUCGGCCAUGCAACUCUGCCAACGAGCGCCAGCACAGGGGGCGGCCUCAUGAACCUGGCUCGCAAGUCCAUCUCGGGCGAGUCGCGCAAGAUGGACGCCUCAGGUGCCCCUGGCGGAUUCAACCCUGCCGCCGAGGGCUACGGGCUGGCUACAGCUUCGGGCAAACCCAAUCCGGCCUUGGAAAAGAUGAUCGUGGAGCUGCAGCAGCAGUCCCUGAUCGUUGCCGUCGACCGCAUCUUUAGCUCAACCACGAAACUGUCGGUCACGGCGCUGGUGCACUUUUUCCGCUGCCUGUGCAUCGUCUCGGCCGAGGAGGUUGGGCUCGAGAGCACCCAAGCUAGCGCCAGCUCGCAGCCGGCCAUGACCGUAGCCCUCGUUGGGCCGCUGCGCAUGUAUCUCCUGCAGAAGAUUGUCGAGAUCUCGUACUACAACGUGAAUCGCAUCCGGUUCGAGUGGACCCAGAUCUGGAAGAUCCUGCAGCCCCACUUCAACGCCCUGGCCUGUCACUCGUCCAACCAGGUGGCCGUCUUUGCGAUCGAUUCGCUGCGGCAGCUCAACAUGAAGUUCCUGGAGCGCGAGGAGCUGGGGCACUACUCGACCCAGAGCGAGUUCCUCAAGAGUUUCGAGUACAUUGUCAAGUAUAACCCGCGUCAUAAUAUCCGCGAGCUGAUCGUGUCGACACUGUCGCAGAUGAUCCAUCUGAGGGCCAGCAGCAUCCGUUCGGGCUGGAAAACCAUCUUUGUGGUCUUUUCCAGGUCCAUAUCCAAGGACGAGGAGCGCCUGAUCACGCUGUCGUUCGAGACGCUGCAGUCGGUCUACCUCAGCUACUUUGACUAUGUCGUGCUCGCGCCCGGUGCCUAUGUCGACUAUGUCGCGUGUCUCGCCGAGUUUGUGCUCCUUCCCGGCGUCGGCAAGAUUCACGAAGAAGUGGUUCUGGGCAGCACCGAUCUGCUGCAGCAGUGUCUCGAGCGGCUCGUGCAUCUCGCACAGGAGGGCAAGGACAUCUCUCCGGCCCACACUCACCAGGCAGCAGCAAGCGCCAUCGCAAACAAGCAGCGCAAGUCAAGUGUCCGGUCGAUCAGCGGGGACUACCAGCAUCUUGUGACGCCCAACGCCUCCUCGACCCGGACGCCGUCGCAGCCUUACUUCAACGCCAACGGCACCAUAUCCGAGGAGCACUUUUUCCUCAAGUGGUUCCCGGUGCUGACGACCUUGACGCGCAUCAUCACAGACUCGACCAGCGGGCAGGUCCGCACCAAGACCACCGACAUUCUCUUUGACACCCUCAAAAACAGCGGCGAGUACUUUGAGCCGUCGUUCUGGAAGAAGAUCCACCGGGGUGUGCUCCUGCCGAUCUUUGAAGACCUGCGGGAGACCAAGGCCCAGGGCUCGAACGGCAGCGCGCGCAACUCGGUCGCCGUGGUGAGCCGCGAGGCCAACUAUGCCGUGUGGAUCUAUGGUCUGCGCAUGCUCGUGGACCUGUAUUCGAUCUACUUUGAUGCGCUGAUGGGCCAGCAGGACAAGGGAGUGAUCAAGAGCACCUUUGAGUUGAUCAACUCGAUGAUGUGUCGCAAGGACGAGAAGCUGUCGACCACGGGCCAGAUCUGCUUGAACCAGCUCCUCCGUACCAACAUUGGCAAGCUCCCGCGGCUGCAGCAGGCCGACGGCGGCCGGACCGACAGCUGGGAGCUCAUCACAUCGUGUCUCGAGGAGUGUUUCCGACAGACCACCCCGGCAGAGCUGUUGAACUGUGUGUAUCCCUCCAAGAGCGGCGUCAUGGUGCAGUCGAGUCAGAGCUCUCUCGACCCCGACGACAGCCGCGAAACGAUAGACACGCCAUCGCAUCCUCGGGAGAGCAUCGGUGCAUCCCAAAAUGGUGCAACGACGAUCCAGGGACGCACCCAACUUCAGAGCUUGGAGCUCACGCAGCAGCGUGGCAACCGAGUCGCUAUCGAGGCAGCAGAUGUCAACGGCGGCAUCGGAAUCCCGCUGAGCGCCCUAGAUUUUGGCCACACCAUCAUCAAGUGCAGCAUCCACCUCGAGCUGAUCCAGAGCAUCCGCGACAUUGCGCUGAGCCCCAUCUUGAACGUGAACGAGGACACCCACGGUAUGUACAAUUCUGCCAAUCCCGAUGUGUUCAUCAAUCUGAUCCCAGCAACCUUCCGCUCGCGCUGGAUCGGCGUCAUGUACAACUCGUAUUGCUUUGCCCGGACGUUCAACGCCAACGUCGAACUCCGUCACGCCCUGCUUCGAAGCGGAUUGAUCAGCAACCUGCCCAACUUGACCAAGCAAGAGACAAUCUCCGAGUCGACAUACAUCCGGAUGCUCUUUGCUGUCUAUAGGUUCUGCGGCGACGACGAUGGCGAGGGCACCGAGAUCCUGAACAGCCUAGUUGGCGAGUCGAUGGAUGUGAUGCAGCGCUUCGCCGAUAUGGUUGCGGACCAAUCCAAGUUCAAGCGCGACAUUACCAUGUGGAGCUCUGUGGUCAUUAUCAUCUUCCAGGAACUGCUGGCGACCAAGCAAAAAUGCCACUGGAGAUCAUCAAUGACAGUGGACGUGGCACCUGGAGAGGACCACAUGCGACCGGCCGAGUCUGGCCUCAGGCUCAAGGCACUUUUGCCAGAGGUGUAUCGAGUGGCCAUCGAGUGCAUCGCGAUCGACAAUGCCGAUGUCCGUGUGGCGCUGGUGGAGUUCAUGCGCGGCACGAUCGAUCUGUUUGUUCUGCAUUAG